UCAGAGGUGAGAGAUACAUCCUUCUCCUCAUCUUGACAGGUGCAUAUGCUAUAACUCACCCGAAAAGAUUAGAUCCAAAAAUGGCAGCAAAAUGUAAUGAUAACACCCACGAGUUCAAACUUCAGACACAAUCCCACUUUCAAGGCAUGCCUAAAUGGGUCACAGACCAGAUAAUCAUACCUCUUAACUCUUCUUUAACAAGUCUAAGUUGGUCAACCAAAACCAAAAACAAGUACUAGAGGCUCUCACUAGUCACUACCCAGCUCCUUUCUGCUUUCCCAAAGAAGAAAAAGAUUACUAUUUACUACAACCAACUUAAUGAAAAAGAAAGCAAGAUAAAAAUGCGAAGUUCAUGAAUCAUGAGACUAGUAGUAAAUUAAUUACCGAAGCAAAGAGAGCUAAGCAGCAAUAAUGAUAAACUAUGGCAAUGGCCAAGCUUGCCAUAUACAGCAAUAAUAAUACCAUUUUCUUACGUGAAAUCAUGCCUCUGCUGCUGCCCUAUACAUACUCUUCACACCAUGCACUCUCAUUUCAGGUUCCAAUGGCUCCUCUGUUUUCCGUCAUCGUCCUCUUCAUCAUCAUCAUCUGUGAUUCCCCGUUGGCACACUCUCGCACCACACCCCAUCACAUACCUAAAACCACGUUCCUCGAUGUCACUGCCUCCAUUCAAAAAACCCUUCAAGUUCUCGACUUCAACCACCACAAACAACAAGAGCAACUCAGUUCUACGCCAUCAUCAAAGCUCUCUCUGCAUCUUCAUUCUCGAGUAUCACUUCAGAAGCCAACACACCACGACUACAAGUCCCUCACUUUAUCCCGACUCGAGCGCGACUCAGCCCGAGUCACGACCCUCCUAACUCGUUCACAAUCCUUCAGCGUCUCGGAACUUGAGGGACCCAUCGUCUCCGGAACUAGUCAGGGAAGCGGCGAGUACUUCUCCCGAGUCGGAAUCGGCGAGCCACCGAAUCCUGUCUACAUGGUCCUCGACACUGGCAGUGACAUCAGCUGGGUGCAAUGCUCACCCUGCUCCGGUUGCUACCGCCAAUCCGACCCGAUAUUCGACCCGAACUCAUCGUCUUCCUUUCACCCACUCUCCUGCGACUCAACUCACUGUCAAUUGCUCGACGAAUCUCAGUGUCUCAACAGCAACUGCCUCUACGAGGUCUCCUAUGGCGAUGGUUCCUAUACCGUCGGUGAAUUCGUCACCGAAACCAUCACCAUUGGCCAAAGCUCCGUCACAAACAUCGCCAUCGGCUGCGGCCACAACAACCAAGGCUUGUUCAUCGGAGCAGCAGGGUUGCUCGGACUCGGCGGCGGAACCUUAUCUUUUCCGGCUCAGCUGAAUUCGACGUCGUUUUCA